GGACGUGGUGGAAAAACGCUGACUUGAACGUCUCGAGCGCACACUGCCCGACUCCUGCACCUCCAAGCACCCUAGAACUUUAUCCCGGGGCGAGGUGCACUGAUUCCCCAGAACACCUGGCUCUGCCCUUCUCCUGCGGACGCGCCCACGAAACUCUUCUUCGACCCAGGCUUCUGCUGCCUGCAACCUGCGCCCCUCCUGCCCGCCCCAGCUUCCAGUGGUCCCGUGGGCGUGAAGAUGAAGGCGGCCCGCUUUGUGCUGCGCAAUGCCAGCUCCUUGAGUAAUGCCAGCCUGGUGCCUCGCGAGGUCGAACAUUUCUCGCGCUACAGCCCGUCCCCGCUGUCCAUGAAGCAGCUGCUGGACUUUGGUUCAGAAAAUGCGUGUGAAAGAACUUCUUUUGCAUUUUUGCGGCAAGAAUUGCCUGUGAGACUAGCCAACAUCUUAAAGGAAAUUGAUAUUCUUCCUGAUCGACUAAUUAAUACCCCUUCAGUGCAGUUGGUAAAAAGUUGGUAUAUCCAGAGUCUGAUGGAUUUGGUGGAAUUCCAUGAAAAAAAUCCAGAGGACCAUAAAGCUUUGUCAGAUUUUGUAGAUACUCUAAUCAAAGUUCGAAAUAGACACCAUAACGUGGUUCCUACAAUGGCCCAAGGAAUCAUAGAAUAUAAAGAUACCUGUACAGUUGACCCAAUCACUAACCAAAAUCUUCAGUACUUUUUGGAUCGAUUUUACAUGAACCGUAUUUCUACACGGAUGCUGAUGAAUCAACACAUUCUUAUAUUCAGUGACUCAAAAUCAGCAAACCCAACCCACAUUGGAAGCAUUGAUCCAAACUGUGAUGUAGCAGCAGUGGUCCAAGAUGCCUUUGACUGUGCAAAGAUGCUUUGUGAUCAGUAUUAUUUAACAUCUCCAGAAUUAAACCUCACACAAGUGAAUGGAAAACUUCCAGGCCAACCUAUUCACAUUGUUUAUGUCCCUUCUCAUCUUCAUCAUAUGCUUUUUGAACUAUUCAAGAAUGCAAUGAGGGCAACAGUGGAACACCAGGAAAAUUGUCCUUCUCUUACACCAAUUGAGGUGAUUGUUGUUUUAGGAAAAGAAGAUCUUACAAUUAAGAUUUCAGAUAGAGGAGGUGGUGUUCCCCUGAGAAUCAUUGACCGCCUCUUUAGUUAUACUUACUCUACUGCACCAACACCUGUGAUGGACAAUUCCCGGAAUGCUCCUUUGGCUGGUUUUGGUUAUGGCUUACCAAUUUCCCGUCUCUAUGCCAAGUACUUUCAAGGAGAUUUGAAUCUCUUUUCUUUGUCAGGAUAUGGGACAGAUGCCGUCAUCUAUUUAAAGGCCCUGUCUUCUGAGUCUAUAGAAAAGCUCCCAGUCUUUAACAAGUCAGCCUUCAAACACUAUCAGAUGAGCAGUGAGGCUGACGACUGGUGUGUUCCAAGCAAGGAACCAAAAAACCUGGCGAAGGAGAAACUGGCUGUGUGAAUAGGGACACUCGGAACACUGGAAGGGAUCAAAGUGGGCUCAUGCUAGUGCCGCUUCCUGAACGCUUGCAUGUGAACUCUGGUUUCCUCAACAACAUGACGACAAAAACUCCUUGAUUAGAACUUUGUGGCAGAGGAAAGGAGCUUGUUUCUGUUACCCAGGAGAGCACAGUGCAGGACUGCGGGAAUUAACAGAUCACUGGCUCUUUUAUUCUUCUCACUUAGAAUAUGCAUGAGUUGAUAGCAAAUCCUAAAGAAGAAUAAGCUUCAGUUUUCCAUUAUUUUAUCAACAAGGAUGGGAAAGGGAGAGAAGUGAAGACCUAGGCCAGAAGUUGCAAUAGACUGUGUUUUAAAUGACGUUAAAAGCAAUUGGUAUUUGCUGAGUACCAAAUAUCAAUAUAUCAAGUACUGCCCUAUCAUUCAAGGAUUGGGACUUACUUUACCUGUGUGAUUAGAAAUGUAAAUGUACAUUUUAUGUGUGUAUAUGAAUCUAUAUAGUUAGUGUGUGUGUAUGUGUGUAUAUAUGUGUGUGUAUUCUAAAAAAAAUGUUGGCAACCUAAAAAAAUAUUCACUUUAAGAAGGUAUGAGUUAAAACAUUUUAUUCAGUGUUGCUGCCAAGGUUUUCUGCCAAUAUGAGAACUCAGAAAGAAAUCUUUUAGUGAAAAGUAGAGGCCUUUAAUAUGCUGCUUUUCCUGUUCACACUCACAUGAUAAGAAAACAUUUAUUGUUAGGUGCCUAGUGAAUUAAAAAGUCUGCACCAAAUUCAGAGUGUUGGUAGUGGAGGGAGAUAAGAAUUGCCACAGUGAUUGCAAACUAUCUCUUAUUUUCUUGUGUUUCUAAAUGAGUUGGAAAAAAAUCAACAUUAAGGAAAGAAGUUUGUUCAGAACCUGUGUCAGGAGGAAGUACUGCUUUCUCCCAGGUAAUCCAAAGAUACCCAUUUUUCUAGGAUUAAGAAGAUGUAAUAUGGGGCUGGAGCGAUAGCACAGCAGGUAGAGUGAUAGCACAGUUGGUAGGGCUUUUGCCUUGCAUGUGGAUGACGAGGAUUCCAUUCCCGGCAUCCCAUAUUGUUCCCCAAGUACCGACAGGAGUAAUUCCUAAGUGCAUGAGCUAGGAGUAACCCCUGGGCAUCACCAGGUGUGACCCAAAAAGCCCCCCAAUGUAAAAUAUGUAUAUAUGUUUAUAUACAUAUGCUUACAAUCAUAUAUACAUAUGUAUUGAAUUAUAUUAUCUACACUCCAGUGUUUAUUUGCCUGUAACAAAAUUCCAAGUUACAAACGGCUUAAGAAAAUCAGAAUUUAAGUACUCCGAGGAGUACCAUUUUACCAAAUAAAAUGAUUAAGGAGUUUUUAUGCCAGGAUGUUUUGUGAACCAUGGAGAUUUAAGAGCUGAUACGUAAAAGCUGUAAAGCAUGUGAGAGUUUUGGAAAGUUGAGCUGGAUAUAUUAGGCAAAUUGAUGAUUCAGCCUAGUAGAUUAUACUUGGAGAAGAAAAUGAAUGAAGGAAGGGAGGGAAGAGGAAGACAGGCAUUUUGUAUAUUCACAAAUAAUUUGAAGAAAAGUAAUAUAUUUUCCUAGAUAAAUUAUUGACAAGAGCAUUUGUGUCUUUCUAAGGACUAUGGUCUUUCUAAGUACUAUGGCUUCUUUAAGUGGUUAUAUAAAAUAAUAAGCUUUUCUGAAAUUAAUAAAUUCAUUUGCAUCAAAUUGAUGUUUAAAGCAGGCAAUAGAAAAAACCUAGAAUUGUUAGCAUUGUAAAAUAAUCAGUACUGUUUUGUGCGUUGAGUUUAACAUAUGUAUUUAAUUUUGUUGUGGUUUAAUGUCUUGGUGCUUCAGAUAGAAGCCUCAAACUAUGUUUUGUAGAUUCAAACUUAACUAUUAAAAGUUUCAGGCAGUGACUCUCAUUUAUUACACAAAACUAUUUGCAAUCAAUUAUUUGACUUUUCAGUUUUUACUGAAAUGUAAACAUUUAUGCAUAUAAGUCCAUGUAUUUGCCAAAGAUUUAAAGCAGUAAAUUAUUUAACAUAACAACACUGUGAACUAUCUUUGAAACAGUAGAGAAAAAGAAAUGCAUCUCCAUAACAAUAAUUAUGUAGAGUUCUAUAAAAUAGAAAUAGUCUACACUGGUAUUUGUAAAUCUGUUGACGAGUUUUAGGAUUCUAGUGGCUGGAUACUGAAUGCUCAAGCACACUUAAAUUAUUAAUGCAUAAAUUGUACUUUAUUUCUAGGUUAUGUACAGAGAAAUUAUAUAAUUUUAUAAUAAAUAUUUUUAUUAAAAUAGUAGAAACAA